ACGUCACACUUCCUGAAAGCCUGUCUAUGGAGCUGCUACUGCUGCGGCCCAUCCACUGGAAAGAGCGGGAGUUGUCAAUAUAGAACAGUGCUGUUACUAGGCGGGGUUUAAUGUCAGAGCGGUGUAACACUACACACAAGAAGGUGGGGCUGCAGCCCGGAUAAAAUGUCACCCGUACUUUCAGAAUAUACAAUUGGUGGGGUGAAAAUCCUCUUCCCAUGUAGAGCGUAUCCUUCCCAGUUUGCAAUGAUGAAUUCAAUUAUGAGAGGCCUGAAUUGUAAACAGCACUGCUUGCUAGAAAGUCCAACUGGAAGUGGAAAAAGCUUAGCCUUGUUAUGUUCUGCACUUGCAUGGCAGCAGUCUUUAUAUGAAGGUCUGUAUUUAGGUCUGGUGCUGCCCUACGAAACAGACCUCAAGCUGUCCCCCACCUAUCCUGAUGAAUAAAGGGUUACAUCACAACCAUACCCCCUGCUCGUUUUUUUACAAUUGUAUUUAUUGGAGUUUUGCAUUAACAAAAGGACAAAUGAAGAAAUAAAAAUUAAAGAAAAGAAGUUGACCAAAGGGUACAGUUCUCAAGUACAUAGAAAUGUACAGACAUGUAUUGUCCACACUCAUGUGAUGUAGAACAUGUCAAGUGCAAUCUUGUAAUUGAAAAAAUCAACAGCAGUAUACUGAAUUGUUACAUUUUGUAAAUUCUUAACAACAUCCUUAAUAAACAGAGUUAUUUCUAACAAGUGCCAUCCCUGUUAACCUGCAGGGGGAGAAUCUUAUUAAAGGGAUACUGUCAUGGGGAAAACAUUUUUUUU